AAAAAAUAGUCACGUUUUGUGAAUCGACUGACUCCCAACACUUGUGAUUGGUCGAAUCUUUUGAAGUUUCGGCUCCAACACACAUUAGGAACUCUGCAGCCGUCGAUGGGUAGCUCCGCGGACGUCCUCCGGCGAUGGAGCCCCAUCUUAGCGCCAUUCUUCACGGUGACCACGCUCAUCAUAUGCAUCGUCAUCACCAAGACCAAGGACAUCUACGUCGGGUCGCUCGCGUGGCCCUACUUCUCCGACAUGGGGCGUGACGACCCUGCGUACUAUGUGUUCGCCACGGGCUUGUGUCUCACAGCGAUCUUUCUUGCGCUCACGUGGACAUUCAACUUCCGCCACCAAGCAACGGUCCUCGCGCACCCUGAGGCGAAAGCGACGCCUUCCUUGCUUCGAUGCAGCUUUGCAGCGUCGACGAUGGGUGCGGUCGCCACCAUUGGAUUGCCUAUCCUCGUACAUAACCACCCAUACACCUGGUACUAUUAUUCACUUGUGUUCCUUCUAGUCCAUCUACCGAGUAUCGUACGACCACCCAGAGAUCCACAAUUACGCCGCGUACUUUUUCUUCGUCUUCCAAGCUGCCGCCGUAUUCCUGAAUACCUACGUCACACGUCGCAUCCUUCACACAUCGCCCACCCCCAAGAUCUUCCGUACCACAUGGUUUCCUCUCCGUACUACGUCUCCAUGAUCUAAUGACAUGUCCAGGCGCAUCCAAGUCGUGUUUGCAUCGCUCUUCUUGAUCGCGUUCAUCCUGUACAUCCCCGUCGGACUGGCCAUCGUGUGUCCGUUUGAGCGUCUGACUGUGGUCAAGGUAUGCUCCCACUGUUUUCAGUCGACGACGUUGACACGGGUGUGGGGUGGUAGUGCCUCACAGAAGGCUUGGGGACGGACUACUGCGCAACGACCAUCGGCUUCGACGCGACCUAUACCAAACUGUACGACUACAGCAACUGCGGCGCCAUCAACCAACUUCGCUCCGCCGCGCAGCUGGUGUGCAUUCUCACGUUGGUGGGGUACGCGCUGUCCUUCGCAACACACAAGGACGACGACGCCGUCCCAGCCCUUCUCUCCGCACCAUCUCCGACGAACGUGUAAUGGACGGGGGUAGAUAGCAGUAAUUUGUUCUCGGUUCAUUGACAUGAGGGUUGUCUCAGGUCAAAAUAUGCCAGAAUUUCGAAUUUCUCACGAUAUUAAUUUGACAAUCGUUCAAUCUUCA